AAAGGUGACCGGAGAGCUGCGGUCGUUGCUCACCAUUUCAGCUCUUCAAGUUGAGCGGCGGCGGGAAGAGCAGCUUGACGCAGAACUGCUCCGGACACUGCGUCUGCUGGAAUAAGCUGAACGCGUUGCUGGAGGAAGGAGAGGAGGAGGAGGAGGAGGAGAGGGAGGCUAUGCACUGACAUGCAGAGUGCUUCACUCUCCAGGUGAAAACCUAAGCCUGUGGACUGUGUGGUUUUUUUUUUUCCUUUUUCUGCUCGGCUACAAUUUUCGUCCAAAUUCGUUUUGUCUUCUCACCCCCGACGCUUGGAUGUUGGUAAAAGGACGCGCAUGCGUUGCUCUUGGAAUAAUUUUGCAGCCUCAAUUUGCAUCCCUGAAAUAUUGUGUCAAAGUCGUUAGCAGGAUCAGAGUUAGUAGUGAUGUGGACUACUCUGGACCGCGGGUGCUUAGGGAUCUGCUGCUUGUGCCUGCUGGUGACAGUGGUCUGCGGGGCACAAAGCGCCAAUGAGCCCAGCAACAUGUCCUAUGUGAAAGCCACCGUGGACAAGCUGCUGAAGGGCUAUGACAUCCGACUGCGGCCUGAUUUUGGAGGCGCCCCCGUGGAUGUUGGCAUGAGCAUCGACAUUGCCAGUAUUGACAUGGUGUCUGAAGUCAACAUGGACUACACCAUCACCAUGUACUUUCAGCAGUCCUGGAGAGACAAGCGUCUGUCUUACACAGGCAUUCCUCUCAACCUCACCCUGGACAACAGAGUGGCAGACCAGUUGUGGGUCCCUGACACCUACUUCAUUAAUGACAAGAAGUCCUUUGUCCACGGGGUGACAGUGAAGAACCGAAUGAUCAGACUGCACCCUGAUGGAACAGUGCUCUACGGUCUCAGGAUCACUACGACAGCUGCCUGCAUGAUGGACCUGCGCAGAUACCCACUGGAUGAGCAGAACUGCACCCUGGAGAUAGAGAGCUAUGGAUACACCACUGACGACAUCGAGUUCUACUGGCAGGGAGGAAGCAAUGCAGGUUCUGUCACUGGGGUGGAGAACAUUGAACUACCCCAGUUCUCCAUCAUAGACUACCAAACCCUUUCCAAGAAAGCUGUGUUUGCAACAGGCUCCUAUCCACGUCUGUCCCUAAGCUUUAAGCUGAAGAGGAACAUUGGCUAUUUCAUCCUGCAAACCUACAUGCCUUCCACCCUCAUCACCAUCCUGUCCUGGGUCUCCUUCUGGAUCAACUAUGACGCCUCGGCUGCCAGAGUAGCAUUAGGUAUAACCACGGUGCUGACCAUGACCACCAUCAAUACCCACCUAAGGGAGACUCUGCCCAAGAUCCCCUAUGUCAAGGCCAUUGACAUUUACCUCAUGGGUUGCUUUGUCUUUGUCUUUUUGGCAUUGCUGGAGUAUGCCUUUGUCAACUACAUCUUCUUUGGCCGUGGUCCUCACCUGCAGAAGAAGGUAGCCGAAAAGGCUGCCAAAUCCAACAAUGAGAAUAGGAGCAGACUGGAGGGCAACAAAGUGCAGGUUGAUGCACAUGGCAACAUCCUCCUGACCAACCUAACCAGUGAGAUGGGUGGAUCAGAUAUGAUGGGCGCCCUCAAUGACCCUCGGGCUACCAUGUUCUCUUACGACAGUGCUAGCAUACAGUACCGCAAGCCCAUGACUAGCCGAGACCUUUACGGACGACCUGCCAUUGACCGGCCAAUGAGUCAUAAGAAGGGUCGCUUGAGGAGAAGGGCAUCACAACUCAAAGUCAAGAUCCCCGACCUCACGGAUGUCAACGCCAUAGACAAGUGGUCGCGUGUCAUCUUCCCAAUUAUAUUCACCUUCUUCAACCUGGUCUACUGGCUUUACUAUGUCCACUAGGGUGGCAGUAGUGAGCCUGUGUGAUUUACUAGUAAAGCUACCUAGGUCUUGUACAGCAAUGAAAAUUAAAAUAAUUUAUAUGAAUCCUGUUUUGGAACGAGUAGUACUGGAUGUCUUUACAAUGUAAAAACAAUUUAAAACAGAGGUAUAAUAUAAAACAGAGGUAUAAUUUAUAAAAAAAUAUAUAUCACUUUUACUGUACUCAUACAUACAAAAUAGAUAUAGAUAAAAUAAUAGGACACAGUGGAAGUCCAAACUUGCCAAAAAGACUUUGGUGACCCUAACAUAAUGGGCAAUGGUCUUUCAUUUGAUCUCUCUUUUGCUUACCUUCUGUUAUAUCACUAUUUUGCAUGUGAAUGGAACACAACUUUAUUUGCUUUUAAGGUAAAAAAAAAAAAAAAAGGUGAGAUACAGAAGCCCAGUGCAAAAACAGUGGGUAACUAGUACUGUUUUCACUUGAUUUUGUAGUUGAAACUCAGACAGGUAAUAACAAAAGAUGGUUGCGUGAAUGCCAUCAGAAUAAGGUGAUCCUCGACUGAGGUAAUGUUUGUCAAGUUGGGUAUGUAUCAUUGUGUUGAAAUUCGACAGCCAUUUAUGACCUAAUAAACAUGUGACAUUGCUUUUCAUGAAUAUCAUGAUUUUGUUAGGGUUGUGCUGAGUGCAUGUGCAUUUACCUGUUUUCCAAUUGUAAAUCAAAUUAAGUUUUCCUUCAUAUAUAUAUAUAGAUCUUUACAUGGCUCUACUGGGCCCUGUAUUAUAAUCAUUAUACUGUAUGCUUUUGAACAAUCAUUGUAUUUAAGAUAAGCACAGGGCAGAUAUUAAUUGGAACUCCAUUAAUUUCUCAAACAAUGAAUUGUAGUCAGAUUUGUACCAACAAUAUUCUCACAGUGUCUGUGAGCAUAUACAAUGCAAUUUUCUUUAAAAAGAAAUCAGGUACAGAAAGACCAAUGAUGUCACCAAGCUUUCAAACCACAUUCAAAAUGCCGAGCCCUGAUAAAACACGCUGCUGGUGUUAAAAUGCAAUUCUUAACCUACAAAUUAUGUUCAGUGCAAUUGAAGGGAGUGUAUCUUUGACAGUGUGCAGUAUAGUGAAGCGGAGAGAAAGGUUGUGGAGGUCGGUGAUAUCAAUGGGCAUAUAUCAAGUCUGACUUUACAUACAGGAGACUGGAGUUUGCAUUCUGACGUGAUGACUUUAAAAAAAAAACUAUUUUUAAACUAAUUUACACAUAGCAAGUGUGGGAUAGAUUGUUGUUUUAAUGCUUAAGUUGUGUAUGUUAGAAUAAAUUAAUGCUUGUAAAGAGGAAAUGUGGCUAGUUGCACACAGGGGUGCUUACUGAACCCCAGCACAUGAAAUUAAAGACACCAUGAAACAGAUAUCAGAGCUAUUUGAUUCCACAUAUUUACCUGUGUCCGUUAAAACACAAAACUAUGUAGAGAAUUGUCCCUAAUAAUAUUUUGCAUCUACAGUAGGCAACAGCAGUGAAUGUGCAUCACAUCCCUGCAGCAGAUUUGACAGUAGCAUGGAAAGUCAAGAUGACGGCCUGCUCUCUGUUGACAGGGACUUCUUGCCACCACCUUUGCCUACAACUGUGGAUUUAACCAAUGAAUCAGACAGCGUAGGAUUCUGUGCAUUGGUCGCUAACAGGCAGAAUUCAUCGUUCUGGGAGUGAGUUGAAAAUUUGAGAAAGCUUUCUCAUUAGAGGUAAAAGUUAAGAAAUGGCCCUGAGUGCAGGAUGAGUUGUCAAACAGUUAAAAAGCGUUCUACAGGAAGAGGAUAGACACAUUUCUCUAUCCUGGUUUACAUGAUACUGUGUAAAGAGCAGGCUUUUGAAGGUCCUGUCCAGAGAACAACCAAAAAACAUGAAGAGCAUACUGCAUGAAUUGAAAUAGAAAUGGUUCAUCACAUUCACAGGGUAUAAUCUUUUGGCAUACACAAACACAAGGGGGUUGGCCAUGCACAGGUGGGCUUGUCUGCUGGUACGCUCUGCAACACAUUGCAUGUUUGGUUGUUUAAUUUGUUCUGGCCAGAGUCACCUGAUAUCUCCAAAGUUGUAGAUCUGAGAGGGUUUACCUAAGCAAACACUUCGAUCAGGUUUCUUUGUGUUCUAGUUCUGUCGUUCUUCAACUUUGAACCUACUGCAUUUAUAAAGCCCAUUUAUGCUGUAGGAGUUUUAGCAAUACACAACUUUGUUGGCCUUUAAGGCUCUUCAAUCUGGCCUGCUGACUUUCAAAGUGUGUAUUGGAGAUACGUGUGUGUGUGUGUUUGUGUGUGUGUGUGUGUGUGUGUGUGUGUGCGCAGUGGGAUGUGAAUAUUCACAGUGGAACGUCUGAGUUCCCCCAUCUCCAGUUUUCCACAACUUGGAACUUUAUUAUUCAUUCAGAAGCUUUGGCCAUCAUCUCUAUCAGUUAUCUUAACUUUUUUGCUCGAUCACUUAACGGUAGAGACUUGUGGACACAGCAACAUACAAAAGGAGUCAGAUGACAGGUUGUAAAUAAACCGACAGUUGAUGAGAUAAUCCAAAAUCACAGGUUGACAUUAAAGUGAGCACACCCGAAAAGUGGAUUACAAGAAUGUCAAGUGGGCAUUUUCCAAAGUUACUCCUUGGAAAUCUCUGUUGUAGUUGUCAUAGUGCGCUGAAAGACAUGACGGGCAAAGGUACAAUGUUAUUAUAUGAUCCAAGUUGUAAUAAAGCAGAAUUGUCCUUAAUUAGUAUAUACAGAUGUAAGUAGUAUGGCAAUUUGAUGGUAAGGACCAAUGCCUGUCUUAUCAGGGCUUUUAAAAAACAACAAAAAAACAACAACAACAACAAAAAAGCAGCAAAACCACACAGGCUUCAGGACACAAUAUAGCAGUGUCCUCUUUUCUCAUGGCUGAAUAUUGUGCCUUUACCAAGAAUCUCAAUAUUUUCACAGGGUUUAAAUUAACUUCUAAACCAUCUUGUACUUUUUCUAGAUUAAGAAGAACAUGGAGUACCAGACACCAGAAUUGGACACUCUCAGAUCUUUUCUGAGGCUCUGUAACGUACAGUGCCAUUCUCUAAGCAUAGAUUGUAGUGAGACAUUCCAGCAUUACGAUGACAAUCUUUUGAAUUCAGUGUCCCGCAAGGCUGGUCUCCGCGCUGGCAGUGUUGCAGCUCGUGGACAGAGCAGAGAGGAUGGACAGUGAAGAAAAAAGAAGGAGAGAAAAAAGCGGACCUCUCCCCACAACAAAAGACACAUGGAGAAGAAAGACAUGUUUUCAGUGGACUGAGGAACUAAUGGAAGCCUUGAACAACUGCUUUGCCCAAAGGCUGUGGACAGGGAGGACAUGUGCUGGACUCUUAUUGUGUAAAAUUACUGUACAAUUUUUCUCUUAUGCUCUAUAUGUUCUUUCACGUUGAAUGGGAUGUGGGUGUGAUUGCAGUGUGUGUGUGUGUGUGUGUGUGUGUGUGUCUUGCUGCCGGUGUAAAGACAAACAUAGCACACUGUGCAGGAAUGCGUGAGUGGACAUUUGUGUGUGAGUGUAUUUGAGAGAAAGAGAGAGAGAGAUUGAAAGUGGGGCCAUAUGGAUACACGUGAGAGGGAGAAAACAUAAAAUACUAAUUCUUUGUGUCAAUUUAUAGAGACUUCAAAGAAUAGCGUUUAAAUAAAACUGCUGACAUCUCUACCAA